AUGCUCGCACUCUGGUGGCUGACAGUCGCCAUUGUGGCGGUGGUCUUCGUUGGCGGUCUUGUUGCCGACGGCGGCGUUGCCGCCGACUCGCCACCAAACGGCCCCGAGCUGUUCAAGGACUCUAUCUUUGUAGCUGAUGCCUUUUCAAGCAUCUCCCCUCUCUACUCGCAGCCUAUUCCUUCGCGUAAUCCUAUCAUGGCCUCCGAUGUGAGCGAUGGUCCCGGCCCGAGCAGCUCGACCGAGUUCUACCUCGACUGCAGCGACUCAAUCGUCUCGUUCUCACUCGAAGUCCCGUACUUGACAGAGGUCAUGCGCAUCGAGGUCAUUCAGGAGAACGGCGGUGGUCCCCCGGUUCCACCAGGGCUGGAGCCGGUUGGAUGGACCGCCCACUUUGCGUGGGAUGAGCCGGCGACGUUUGACAACUCGGGCUUUAGUCACUCCAACACCACCAGUGGCUGGUCUGAGACCAUCGUCAUCCCUGCUCCGCGCGCGGGCCGGCUGUUUGGCAUGAUCACCAUUGUCGACAACUACGUUACAGGCGGCUCGGGUCCGUACUCGUGUCCUGGCUUUGAUCCGUCGAGCUACGGCUUUCACCCGCCAGGCGGUGAGAAGGCCGUGCAGUUUGCCGUCACUGCCGACUUGGCGUCCUGCCAGUUUGAUGGCACCUCACAGACCUACAGCCCGUACACCGACGCUGGCCUCAGCUUUGACAAGAUUGGGUCUUCGGAUGGCUGCAGCGAGGGAAUGACCCGACUUGUGUUUGGGGCCUCUGCCACCAUCGCGCCGUCGACGGCGUUCACGGACCCAUCCGAAUCACGGACCUAUGCUGGUGUCGGAUCGCUCUCACCGCCAGUCGGAUCGAUGACCUAUGCUUACUUUGUGGUCACUGGCGCUCAUGCCCGCGUCGACGUUGAUAUUUCCGGCGUCUCGAGCGCGACGUUUGGGGUCGACGUCUGGGUCCGGCGCGACGCGCUUGCUGUCCCACCUUCAGUCUUCUCCGGCUCAACGAUGACCGGGGCGCAAGACGGCCUGUAUGUGCAACAUCACCCGACGAGUGGGCCGAGCGUUCUCACGCUCUUUGCUCCUGUUCCGGGUGUCUACUUUGUGGGUCUUCAUCGAACGAGUUUGGCCGACUUUACCCUACUUGUGACGAGCACGCCUGUCGCUGACGCCAUUGCGCCUUACAAGACUGGCGAUGGGCUGGUGUACAUCGGCUUUCCGGACUUUCCAUCGCUGCCUGCUUCGGGAUCAAACCUUGUUGUGCCGAGCAAACAGCACGGCCUUCUUUCUGGCCGGCGGUACCCGAUCCAGCUUGCGCACGCGACCAACGGAUCGUCGUCGUUUGCGGUGGCGCUCUUUGCCUUUACUGUUCCGGCAGGAGCCAAGGCCUUUGACGUCGAAAUCUCGGCGUCGCACCCAUACGAUGUGGUGCUCCGCCACGGCGGGCCGCCAGUCUUUUCCAAUUCGGGCGUGGUCCAACCGGACGCCAUGGUGGUUGUCUCGGGCGUGACCGACAGUUUCAACAGUACCACCCGGCUCACCAAAGGCAUUUACUACCUCGCGGUAAUUCCAGCACCCGGCUCGCCGACCGACGCCACGUUUACCGGAAGCAUCCAAGUCGGUUGGGAUCUGUACUGCGACAGCAACUGUGACGGCCACGGCUACUGCGACAUUUUCGGAUCAACCGGAACCUGCUCGUGCUGGACCGAAGGUGAUCCAUCCUCGGGCUACUUUAACCAGGAUCGAACCGGCCCGCACUGCAAGCUGGCCGUCUGCGGCCGGCACGGAACAUGCACAGGGUGCGUCGCAGAUCCGGCGUGUACCUGGUGCCUUUCGCGGGGAGCUUGUUUGCUUGGCGCCGUCGAUGCUGCCACGGGCUUCAACGUCGCGCAUUCGAACUCGUGCCCGGCUCAGGGUGGCUUCGCCGGAGUGCUGGCUUCUCGGUUAGUGACCCAACCCGAGGUGGCUGAAGCCAAGGGCGAUUCGAGGUACGGCUCGUGCCCUGCGCCGUAUGUCCACCAAACAAUGGCGACGUAUUUGGCGGGCUUGCCCUCAACUCCUCCUCCGCCGACGCUGCCGCCGCCGCCGCCGUUUGUGACCAACUUUGCGCAGCAGCGCUCGGGCCUCGGCGAGUGGCUUGAUGCCGGCGAGUACUCAGAAACUUGCGGCUCGGUUGCCUACUUUUACGGACCGAUUCCGCGCGCUUUUGCCGCUACGUACUUUGACUCGAACAAGUUCAACACCUCGUUUGCGCUCUGCGAGUUUUACUCGUACAACCUUGCCACCCAGGCUUGGUCGGACCUGACCAGUGUGAUGGGCGACGGCGAGACGACGGGGCCUGGCUGCCGGGCACACGCGUCACUCGUCUGCUUUCCCGACGACAACCAGCUGGUAGUCAUCGGUGGCGUGGUGCCGAACGAAAACAUUUUCGGCGAGUACAUCCGUCACCGGACCGACAUGUGGUCGCUCAAUCUGGUGAGCAUGACCUGGACCCAGAUCUUCCCCAACUGCUACGACCCGCACUUCACGCUGCGGUCUCGGUCGGCCACUCCCAAGUUUGUUUCGACUCUUCCGGCAUUGUGUGCCUCGUCAGGCCUGCCGCUCGACUGGCUCUCUGACGAGCGCUUUGGCGGGAUCUACCCCGGCACUGCCGCCGUUCGGGCCUCCGACCCGGUCCUGCGCUCCAAGGGCAUCCUUGUCGCGGCGGCGUGGUCGCAUGUGCUCUCCAUCGCUGACCCGUUGCCCACGAACCUGUUUGACGCUGUGGCCGAUGUCUACUUUUUCAAUCUCACGGCUAGCCCUCCUGUGUGGCAGCGCCUCUCGUUUGGCUCUGGAACCUGCCCUCCGACGCUUGGAGGUUCAGUGGUGUACUCGGCCCCCACGGCGAGCCUUGUUUUCGACGGCGGCUACUUCCUGGGUGAGGUGGCAAGCAUUUCGGUCAGCACGACCCGCGGCAUGACGUGUGUUGUCGCGUUCUCACGAUCGCUUACGACAGGCUUGGUCGAAACGACGUCGCGGAUGCCCAUCGAGACGUCGGCGCCACAAAUGCACAAGCUGCACACGGCUGGUGUGGCGCUGAAAGACGGGCGAGUCUUAUUUGCCGGCGGCAUUGGCGUUGGCCAAUACCUCAAUGUGAUGUACCGGUCGUCGCACAUGAGCGCUGCCGGCGCCCACACGUCGAGGACCUCUUAUGGACUUGACGUCAUCUUCUCGCCGCACGACAUGUCAUUCAGCUACCUCCCGGAGCGGCCGGCGGCGAUGCGUUGGCGGGCCGGGGCGGUGCUCAUUCGAUUCCCAGAUGGCAACGUGCUCGAGCUCGGCGGCGCGGUGGUGUCCUCGGCAAGCGCGGUGACCGGCGACGACGCACCCGCCAUGGUCUUUCAGCUCUCACACAACGCUGCGGUCGUGGCCGCGGCACCCAAUCGAGCCACUCGCGCGGUGGGCGCAACGCUGCGACACGUCCCGGCCCGGGGCUCGGUAGUCCUUUUUGGCGGCGUGCCGAAGCGCGUCGAUCCUUUUGACAUUGGCCGGCUCGUCGCGGUCGACUCUGACACCAGCACCAAGCUCUCGCAAGUCUACGAGUUUGACCUCGCGAGCCAGAGCUGGGCACUGCUGGCAACAACCGGGCGCGACCCGACGACGCUGUGGUUGCUAGGUGGCUCGUGUAUCAUCGACUCGACGGUGUACAUGUUCGGCGGCAUCACUAUCGACAACGGGCUGGUUGCCGCGAGCGAUGAGCUGUGGACGCUCGAGCUGAACACUGGGGUGUGGACGCGGCAAACCACGUUUGGCACGCCUCCGCCGGCGCUGUUUGGCACCGGGGCUGUCUGCACUCCGGACGGAAGUAAGAUGUACGUUGUGUCUGGCCUUUCCGACCUGCGCUUGUUGGGGUCUGAUGACCUCAUCAUGCUUCCGACGCAGAUCUUCUCGCUGGACGUGGGUAGCAUGACGUGGAGUGUUGUGCCUGCGCCACCAGUCAACUUUCCGUUUGGCUUGCGACCAUUUAUCGUACCGGAGGCGGUGGCUGUUGCGACUGGGCGUGGGAAUGGUGAGCUCAUUGGCGUGGUGGGACCUGGUCUAAUCACUUCGCCCACGUUUUUUGGCAUCUACGGCAUGGUCUUUCUCUACAAUCCCAGUGACGGGACGUGGGUCGAGGCAACGCCGGAGGAGAACGGCAAGAACCGCGAGCUGCCGCUCUGGUUUCUGGGUAGCGUGAGCAAUGCCCGCAGCGACGGGACGGUACUGAUGUUUGGCGGUGAGGCGUUUGAGGACCAGGUCGUCAACUCGGUCCUGCAACUCUCGCUCCAUGACUGGAGCGUGCGGGCUGUGGCCCAUGUGCCGAACACCGGGACGGGUAGUGCAGUGGCUGCUAUCGAGGAAGCCUCUGUAGCGGCGCACGGCGACGCUUACUACUUUGGCGGGCAGCAGGCGAGCGAUUUUGACACGCCUGCACGGGUCUCGGGUGUGCUCCGGCGGUUCGACAUCGGUGCUGCCAUGGCGGUUGAAGCGAGCAGCGCGAUGUCGGGCACGUUCAACGUCAAGAACUCGCUGGUGCUUGAGGGACAUGGUCCCGGACUGGAGUUUAACGACCUUGUGUGUGCGUACGGCGACCUGCGAGGCGAUCCGGCCACGUUUGUGGCGCCAAACCGGGUGUUGUGUAACUUGCCCAAGGCCGCGGUAGGGCAGGCGAUGGUCCGCCUGCUUGUGGGCGGCACAGGGCUUCAGUCGCUUUCAACAGGCGUUAGCUUUACCAAGCUCGGAUGCCCGCCGGGAACAGCUGGGACGCAGAUCAGCGUUCCGUGCAUACCGUGCGGUCUUGGGGUGUACACGGAUACAUACGGCGAGGCGACAUGCAAGCUCUGUCCCGACACCCAGUACACUCCGAGCGUCGGAUCGACAACGUGCGCGUCAUGCUCCGGCGGCCAGUACUUGGCGGUGGAUGACGGGCUGGCACGGCAGUGCAAGCCAUGUCCUCCGGGUCACUAUUGGCCUAAUGCAACCGACGAGUUCGCACCGUCUGCGGUAGAGUGUACAGCGUGCGCGAUCGAUGCGUACGCGACCGAGGAGGGCUCGACCGGUUGCAGCAAGUGCCCGGCCAACUCGAAGAUCGGAACGAGCGGCGGCGACUCGGCGGACAAGUGCAAGUGCAACGACGGGUUCUGGGGCAACCUGGCAGACGGACCAUGCAAUGAGUGCCCGCAAGGCGGGAUUGCGACCUGCGAGUUUCUCAACAACGAGGUCCCUGUGCCGAACGCUGGGUACUGGCGCGACCCGGAGAACGCUGGGCUCGUGCUCGAGUGCACGCCAAAGAGUGCAUGUCCAGGCGGGGCAGCAUCAGCGUGCGCGACUGGCUACACUGGGAGGGCUUGCAGCCGGUGUACAGAAGGGUACUACCCGCUGGAGGACGAGUGCGAAAAGUGCCCGGACAACACGAUGGCGCCGAUGAUCAUUGGUGGCGUCGCCCUGCUGAUUGUCAUCAUUCUGUUUUACAAGGUGGCCGGCAAGUCGACGGGCAAGUCGUCGUUCACCUCGAUAUCGAUUGCAGUCAACUACUUUCAAACGGUUGCGCUGUUCUCGGCUUACGAGCUCAACUGGCCGGGUGCGAUUGUGACGAUCAUCAAGUGGUUCUCCAUCUUCAAUCUCAGUCUGGACGCGGCAUCGCCCGAGUGCGCCGUCUCGGUCUCGUACAAGACCAAGUGGCUCAUUUCGAUGUCAGUGCCGCUGGUGGUCGGCUUUGUGUACGGGUGUUACGUUCUGGUGCGGUGCAUGUGGUCGUCGUUGCUCUCGUGCUGCAAGGAGGCACCAGUUGAGGCUGCGGGUGCAGCGAGCUCGCGUGCAUCCCGGUACUCUUCGGGUUUAGACACGGGUAAGGGCAAGGUCGAAAUGGAUGAAGAGCAAGAGGAGGGCUCGGAUGGGGUGGAGCUUCUCCAGCGAAGCGGUAGUGCAGCCGGUGAAGCGCCGCGGGAAUCCAAGGCGGUAGUAGCGGCCUCUUGCGCGGCGUGCAAGGUGCUAUCUCGCUCGGAAAUUUGGUCGAUGGCGAACCAGAUGCUGCACGCGUACCUGAUGUUCCUCUCUUUCUACUACGCGACGAUGGCGUCGAAAGCACUGGAGCUGUUUGCGUGCAAGAAGCAGACGGACGGGACGUACACGCUCAUUGCGUAUCCGUCGAUGCAGUGCUACUCGAGUGCAUGGUGGGAGGUUUUCCCGUACGCGUUGGUCGCGGGCUUUGUGUUUGUGGCGGGGCUGUAUGCGCUGUUUGCGGUUAUUCUGGUCAAGGUCUUCCGGCCGGCGUUCCUCUCGGAAGAGGAGACGCUGUAUGAGCGAUAUCUUGCGCGGUUCGGGUUCCUUACCUCGCGGUACGCGUUGGUGUGGUACGGAUGGGAGCUUGUUGUGAUUGGGCGCAAGGUUGCGCUCAUUGCGGCGACGCUGUUCUUCCCGCAGCUGCCGACGCUCCAGGGACUUACGGGUAUGUUUAUUGUCUUUGCGUCUGUGCUUACGCACGUGUACGCGCGGCCGUUCCGCAACCGGCGCGAGAACCGGCUCGAGUUUGUUGUGCUCUGUGUCGAGUACUUUCUGCUCUUUGUCGGCCUUGUGCACUCGGACCAGAUGGACUCGGCGUCGUCGACGACGCUUGCUGUCAUUGGCGUGACAGCGAUUGCGCUCUCUGCUGCCCUCAUUCUGGUGACUGUCGGAAUGGAGGUCCGGCUGUACUACUACUCGCGACGGUAUCGUGAGGCGGCAGCGGAGCAUCCGGAGCUGUCGCAGCGGGCCGAGUUUGUGCUCACCGAGGAAGCGUACUUUGAGCUCAUGUCAUGGGUGAAAAACGACGGUGACGAGGACGAGUGCACCGAGCUGGCCAACGUGCUGGAGGGUAUGUACUUUAAGACACGUGCGCUCCGCAAGCAGCACAAGGUCGACGUGUUUGUGGAUGAGGUGCAGAAAACGGUCUCAGUCUACCGAGAGACGGCGCCCGCCGACGACGUCGAGGUGCUGGACGGACUCAUCGAGCGCAUCACCCGCCGGGCUAUUGUCAAGGACCAGCGGACGAUGAAAGAGAAGCUUUUGGCGCGGCCGUCGAACAAGGUCCAGCCAAUGCAGAAGCUCGAUGGCGAGUCCAGCUCGGUGAGCGCGGGGCCGUCCAGCUCCCCGGCGGCGCCUGGCGACGGUGAGACGACGAAGCUCAAGAGCCAGCCAGGUUCUCGGGUGCGGUCAGAUUCCAAAAGCAGCCGGGCGCGGACGAAGACCAGCCGGCGUCGUUCGAGCGGAGCGCGGCCGCGUGGAGAAGAGCCGGGCCGUAGUGCGAGCGCGACGCGUAUGGACAAGAAGCGGCCUUUGCUGGCGACGCAAGGCUCGGAUCCCGAGGUGAUGGGAGCGGCGAGCGGUGCCGCGGCACGGUCGAGCGCGACGCGUAUGGAGAAGAGGCGCUCAGUCUCGACGUCGCUGACGCAGACGCAACCGAAUCUGGCGUUUGUCCGCGACGCUGGGCUCAACAGCUCCCAGCCGCAAGCUGCAGGCAGCUUGAAGAAGCGGCGGCGGUCGUCGUCUCGGCGUCGCUCUCACGCCAACAUUGUUCGCGCCGACUGCAUUUCAAUGUCGCUCGACGAGGCGACGGCAGCCGAGCCGCAGACCGACCGGCCGACUAACUGCACGUACCUCAACGUGGCGCAGGCCAAGGUGUGCAUGGUGUGCCAGAGCAAGUACACACCCAAGGCGUGCAAGCACGACUACCAGCACACCUCGCCGCUCGACGAAGAGUGGAUGACGGCGGCGUGUGCUGGUUGUGGCGUUCAGGCUCCGUUGCCGCAGGCAGAAGAGACUGUGGAUGCUGGAGUGGCUGCGGCUGAGGCGGCUGAGGCGGCGGAUGCACCAAACGCAGCUUGGGUUUGCCUCGUCUGCUACCAAGUGGUGUGCGCUGAGUGCCGCGGGGCCCAUGCCGACGCCACGGACCACUUUCUGUACAUGGCCCGUGACGACGGCUCGCUCUUCUGCACCGCCUGUGAUGACGCGAUCGAGGACGCCGAUGGCACAUUCUGGUUUGUUCUGGGCCUUCGCAGGCAGCGCGUCGACGACGCCGUCGACCGCGCGCUAGAGAUGCCGGAGCUGGUUCUCGAGCCCGAGGCCCCGGCCGCGGGAAGCGACGACGCAAGCGGCGCUGGGAGAGCAACGGCGGCGAGCAAGGCAGUCGAGUCUGUGGAGGAUGCUGGGCCAGGCGCUGGCGCUGGCGCGGGCGCUGGCACGGACGCGGACAGCGCAGCGUAUCCUGAUGCUGCGGCGGCGAUCUUCGACUCGGGCUGGACCGAGGUGCACACGGCGGCCAAGCUGGGCGACUAUGGCAAGACAAAGCAGGCGCUGGAUGUGAAUCCGGAAGCGAUCCAUGGAAUCCACGAGCCGGAUGGGUGGACGCCGCUGUACUUUGCGGCGCACGGUGGGUUCCCGGACGUGGCCAAGCUGCUCAUCGACGCCGGCUCGUCAGUCAACUAUCAGUGCCUCCGGUACGGGUGGACGCCGCUGCAUGCGGCGGCGCAGGGCGGGUGUGUCGAGGUGGCGGAGAUGCUUGUCGCUGCAGGCUCGGAUGUCGAGCUCAAGAACAACUCGGGCGUGACCGCCAUUGAGCUGUGUGAGGACGCCGAGAUGAAGGUGCAUCUGCAGGCGUUUGUAGAGUCGGUGCAGAGCGCGGGUGAGGCGUAA